GCCAUGUCGUGCUCUGGCCAUGGCCGAGCUUUUCUCGACAGCGUCGUCGUCAACGGAGUGCCCAUGUGCGAGUGCAACACGUGCUACUCCGGCCCUGACUGCUCCGUGCUCUUGCCGGACUGCCCAAUCGAUGUCUAUAGUGGAGACCCAGUGUUCCUUGAGCCAUACUGGCGGAAACACGCAGCGAGCAGCGCAGUCCUGCUCUCAGGAUGGCACCGCAUGACCUACGAACAAACGGGCAAACACCACAUCUCCCUCGAGCUCGAGAAGUGCAUCCGCCUCCUCCACGAUUCCGUCGGCAAUGCUGUGACCAAGGACAGGUUCAUCGCCUUUGGCACCGGAGCAACUCAGCUCAUGAACGCUCUCGUCUACGCAUUGUCUCCUGAUGCCGCCAACAAUCUCUCGGUUCCUGCUGCGAGAGUCGUCGCAGCUGUUCCUUACUACGCGGUGUUCAAGACGCAAACCGAAAUGUUCGACUUCAGGGCUAACAAAUGGGAAGGAAGCGCAUCCGACUGGAAAAACUCAUCGAACAAAUACGACUUCAUAGAAUUCGUGACUUCACCGAACAACCCCGACGGACUCUUCCAACAGUCGGUCCUCGGAGGCGCCUCGGUCAUCUACGACCUCUGCUACUACUGGCCCCACUAUUCUGCCAUCCUAUCUCCGGCCGACGAGGAUGUCAUGCUGUUCUCCAUGUCUAAAAUGUCCGGCCACGCCAGCAGCAGAUUCGGGUGGGCUCUGCUGAAGGAUGAGAAAAUUUUUCGGAAAGUAUUGUAUUAUGUCAAUCAGAAUGUAAUCGGGACUUCUGGCGAUACUCACCUCAGAAUGCUGAAGAUCAUCAAGACCAUCCUCUCAGGGAUGCGGACUAAAGAAGACAUGUUCGAGUUUGGUUAUGAGACGAUGAGGGAAAGAUGGAAGAGAUUUAAUGAGCUCAUCUCUUCUUCCGAAAUAUUCUCUCUUCAGAAACUCGCUCCUCAUAACUGCACUUACUUCAAGAAAGCCAAGGAUCCUUCUCCAGCAUACGGUUGGUUGAAGUGUGAGAUGGAGGAAGACCGAGAUUGUGAAGAUGUUCUGAAGAGAGGGGGCAUAAUUAGUCAAGGUGGUAUAAAUUUUGGGGCAGAUAGACGCUAUACUCGCCUGAGUAUCAUGAAGACGCAGGAUGACUUCGAGCUGUUGAUGAAGAAGAUGGAAGCUAUCAUCAGUUUAAAGUGAAGUUCAAAUAAUUUAUGUGUAUGAUUAUUUUUAUAUAUUGAAAAUAAAGGCAAGAUUGUGCUGCUGCUUCA